AAAGCCUGCCUUCAGCAGCACUUGGAUAUAAAAGGAUAAUCCUGGUUUACAGAUUACACAAGCAAGCUAACUUGCAUUCUCUCAGUCUAAAGCUUUAGGUUGGUAGUGAGAGGACUACAAAAUAUGUGUUUUCACUGAUUCGUGUUUGAUCUUUUUGUCUAUGGAGAAACCAGAUUUUUUUGCGGAAUGUUGUCCAACUCUAGCAUGAUUAGUGACUUGUGGAAACCUAGUGUUAGUGGAGGUUUCUCUGUACGCCUAGUUUUCCUGGCUCUGUGGAGAUAAAAAGGAAAAGGGUGGAUGUGGGAACCUGUGGUUGAACGUCCCAAACUGGACUAAAGUUGAGAUACUUCUGUCAAGCACAGGAUGAUUGCAUACGUGGACUGCCUCUCUACCGAACCAGCUGGGAAAUGCUGGAAUAAGACCUACUAUGAGGACGAAGAUGAACUUCUUCCGCUUCAUACUCGCAAAUUGAACCUCCAGCCCAAGACAGAGGGCAGCCUUCGCCGCAGAGUCCUCACCUCCAAAAUUCACCAGCAGCAAGAUGCACUAUGGGCACCCAAACCCUGGGCGGGACCACCAGCUCGAAAGGGCGUCCCACUGCAGGGCCAGCCAAACUACACCUUCAGUCCGUCCUGCCAUGACUGGAAAGCGGUGUCCAGUCUAGAUGAGGAGAGCAAGUGGUCGGUGCACUACACAGCCCCCUGGCACCAACAGGAGAAUGUCUUCCUGCCUGGGUCCAGACCAGCCUGCGUCGAAGACCUUCACUAUCAGGCCAAAGUCAACCUGAAAACAGUCCUCAGAGAGUGCGACAAGCUCAGGAAAGAUGGAUUCCGCAGUUCCCAGUACAGCUCCCAAAGCCCUGCAUUCUCUGCAACCAGCCUUUGUGAAAAUGUGCACCUGGAUGAGGAGAAGACAGAGAAGAAAAAGAAGCGGUUUAAAGUCCUAGACUGCCUAUCACAGUCUUGCCUCUCUCUCUGCUGUCAUUUGAGAUCUUGGAAAAGAAAGGCUUCAGAGUCACCCAAUGAAGAGGAGAAGCUUGUGUACUCAAUGCCGCCUCAGACUCCUCUGCUGGAACAUGACCCGGACAUCCAGAGAAGCUGGGCAAGCUGUCUACCUUUGCCCACUCCUGAGGAGAAGAUGAGACUACAGGCCCAGUCAGUGGCCACUGCUAUCAUUCCCAUCAACAUUACAGGUGAGAACUUUGACCGUCAGGCCAGCUUCCGUCGCUCCGCAGCAAACACUGACACCAUAACACGAAGACCCAAGAGGGUGCAAAGAAGAAAGACAAUAACAGGAGUUCUUGAUAACAUCCAAACUGAACUAGCAAAUAAAGAACAAGAUGACAGAAUUGACUCAAUGUGUAUGGCAGAUCAGUACUCCACUCUCAGUCGAGUGGGCAGUGUAAACUCCACCCUAAGACGCUCAGACACCCGUGACUCCAGCUGCCAAACAGAAGAGGUGAAGAUUGUUCCUCCCUCAGUACGCAGAAUCAGAGCACAAAGAGGCCACGGAAUUGCUGCCCAAAUGGCCAGCGUCUCCUCCUCAAGCAGCAUUUCCACCAUGAGUGACUGUAAUGGAAUUAGCUACACUCAGCUUAAUGACAGUGGUCAGAGCUUUCACAGUUUGCCACGACAAGGUUCUCACAUCCCACAUCAACACUGUGAACCAAAGUACAACAGCUCCCCCUACAGGAUGAAUUCUGGAUCUACAAGCUCCUUGUCCUACCAGUUUGACAUGCAGCAUGGUUCCUCAUCGUCACUGCAUAUGCUGUCCGAUUCUAGAAGCAGUACAUUAAACAGCACCAAGCUUGCUGAAAAUCCAAAUUGCAAAGGCUCUGACCAAAAUAAUAGCCCAAGCUUGUUCAGUCUCAGUGGUGCACUACAAAACUCCAUUCGUUACGGACACAAAAGGACAGAGGAUAACCAGAUGCAAUCACCUUAUUCCUCAGCCCAGUUGCUUAAUACUGCUGAUGCCUCGUUGUCGGCUGUCUCCUCCUGUUAUGAAUCCACAACCUCCCUCUGUACAGGGAUCCAUACAGAGACUGAGUCCCAGUGCAGCACACUUGAUGGCAGAAACUGUGGCAGUCAUAACUGUGUCUGCAGGGAUUCUAACUUCUCGGAGAGCAGCAAUCAAAGCUGCAGCACUCUAACCACAGACCAGUGGACGUAUGACGUUUCUCCAAAGGACAAUGUCACCACAAGUUGCUCCUCACCUGUCAGCCAUAUAUACAACAGUGAGGAACAUUCUCCCAGCAAGACGGAUUCAAGCUCAUUGUUCUCUGUUGACAACGAAGGUUACUACACCUCCAUGCGCCUGGACUCUGGUUUGAAGUCACAUAGUCAUGGCUCCAUCAAUAAAGCAGGAGAUGCAAAGCACAGUUUGUAUGAGUGCAAGGACCACCACAGUCAAGGGGAUCGUGCAAGUCUUCACAGCAACCGCUCCCUGACUCGCAGCAUUUCCCUGCGGAAAGCCAAGAAGCCCCCACUCCCUCCAGCCAGGACUGAUUCUUUAAGGCGCAAACCUCAGAGGAAGCCUUACCAAAAUGGCUCAGUCCUAAGUGAGCAGUUGAUCUGCAGCCUCCAGCAGUCCUUAGAGCUUAACCUAAAAACUCAUGGUGCAUCUUGCUCUGAACAGGCACCCUGCAGUGGGUUUGAAGACCCUUGGGUAAUCCGACCCAGAAGCCAGAGCUCCACAAGUGCAGCAAGCAGUGGGAUGUCUGCACCAGCUUCUGUUUGUCCGGUCACACCCACACACAGUGAUUGCAGCAGUCAGCGCUCAGACUAUGCAGAGUCGUGGGACUUCUACAUGGAUUACCAAGGUCCAUCGUCUGACCAGGGUCUCUCCUCCCAAAUCACAAGAUCUGCAAGUGCUGAGGAGAAUCAAGUAAUCAUGGUCAAUGCAUCCUACAACAUCGGGUUUUCAUCGUCCCACUGCAAUAGUAGUGGGAUUCAGUCAAACCUGGCCUCAUCACCUGACAAGGUUCAUCAUCUGACGUCACCAUCAAGUGGUUAUUCAAGUCAGUCCAACACUCCAACUGCAGGCACCCCAGUUACUUCUCUAAUAAGAGCAAAAUCUCCUGCAGGGAGGCCAAAACCAAAAGUGCCCGAAAGAAAGUCCUCCCUGCGGUCUUCUGUGUCGUCCUCCUCUACAUCCUUGUCCUCUAACACCUCAGAUUCCAUCAGAAACAUACAGCCACCUCCACCUCUACCUGACAUGACCAUUACAUCAUGUGAAUCAACCAGCCCCGCUUCCUGCUCUCCAACAGCAGCUAUGGUAGACUCAACCCCACCUCUUCCUCUUCUACCUGACUUGGAAGAGAGACAUAAUUCACUUUCAGAUUCAUCCACAACAUCUGAAAAGUGUGACUGUAUUGAUUCCCCCCCUCCCCCACCAAAGGUUUUUGAAUCUCUGUCAAGAAAUGAAGGUACAAAUAGUCCUCAAUCUCCUUCACUUCUUCUUCCCAAACCUUCACUGUGCAUUCUAUCUCCUCCACCUCCUCCAUCGUUACCUGAGAUGAGUCUUCAAACAGCAGCCAUUUUGAACACAGAGAGUUGUCUUACACCUAAAGAGGCUAUGGAAAUUGAAAAAGCACUAAACAUCAACCACACUGGAGAGCAAGAAAAGACUCAGAGACCAAUAAUUACUGCCCAAGCUCUUCAGAUGGUGCAGCUACGACCUGUGAAGCUCAAGCAAACAGAAGAUAUUUUUACAGGAGUCAGUUUUGAUGAUUUUGAUGACCAAGCACAUGACCAUUUUGAAACAAACUCAGGAAAGUCCCUGGAAAGCGAGACUACAGAGCAAACUGAGACUGCCAUCUGUGUUAUUCAGUCUAAAAAUGGCAUGAAUACAUCUGAACAAGAAUAUUUAGUGAACAAAUUUAUAAAAGAUUUCCCUGAGGCAUCAACUGGUGCUUUACCUCCUGGCCCUAAUGAACAUGUCAGCAAUACUGUGCAGAAUGUUUCAGUGCACCUUUCUGAGACAUCUCCAGUUUUAUCUUCCUAUGAGCUUCUGCAGUGCACAAACUCCUCAGCUUCUCCUCAAAGUCCUCAGCUGAAACAGAAGCCUCCUAUAUCACAUAAGAAACACAAUCUUUCCCUUAUUAUACCACCCAUUAUGCACCUACCUAAGCUUCAACAGGUUCAUGAUGCAGAAAAGACACUUGAAUCAUGCCAACUGAAUGGCACAACCUUGACAAACACAGUUAAUUUGCAAGCAAUUUCUUUAGACUUCGAGGUGGAGGAGGAGAGUGACUCAGACUCUUCAACCCCUGUGGUCAAAGGCAGACUGUCUCUCAGCAGUGAGUUGUCAUCAAGCAGUCUGCAAGAGCUGAAACUCUCUGAUCACAUUCUUAAUGAGCAUGACCUCGGCCUGAGUGAUAAAGACUUUGGACUCUGUGAUGAUAAAAGUACAUCAGAUGAUGGUACAAGCAGCAGCUCAGGAUCCAUCAGCUUUAGAGAGGAUGAACAUGAGGAAAAUGGUGCCGUGUUUGACUCGAGCACUGAAAGCGCAUCUAGCAUUAACACUAACGGAGAGGCUGUGGAGGAGAUGGUGACACCUGUUCGUCCCCGUACUACAGAGGACCUCUUUGCUGCCAUUCAUAGGUCAAAGAGGAAGGUCCUGGGCCGUGGGGACUCUGAAGAGGAACGCUGCCGUAACUUCCUCCCGUCCCCACCUGUCACUCCAACAGGCUCUUGUCCCAGCCUAACUUCCUUGCCACGUCAGACUGGCUCCGUUCAGCGCAACCUGCGGCGCUCAUCCACGAGCAAUGACAGUUUUAAAGCUUUGCUUCUCAAGAAGGGCAGCCGCUCAGAGUCCAGCUUCCGCAUGUCAGCCGCUGAGAUUCUCAAAUGCACAGACCCUCGUUUUUUUCAGAAGGCUAAUUCAGAGCAUGCACAAUCUGAUGGACUGUCCACCUCUCCGACAAGCAGCAGGAGAGCACAUGAAGAGUGGGCACGUACAGAGGGAGCCUUGCCCCGUCUUACAACCCUAAAAUAUGGGCGUUCACGCACACCACCUUCUGCAGCCAGCAGCCGGUACAACAGCCGUAGCCGCAUUCCCAGUGGGCCAAUGACUGCCAUCUGCGAAAAAGAGGGAGAGACGGCCGAGUCUACAGACUGCUGCAUUAGUGCUGAGAGUCAUUUCGCCCUGCCCAUAUCCUCCAGCAGCUCGGUCUGUGCUCAAGGCAGCACUUAGUGCUAUCAAUUCAACCCUAACGGCUUGUAAAAGAUAGCUGUCCAUUCAGUAUGAAGACCGCAGAGGUCUAAACUCUGGCUGGAAGGCCAUGCUUGUGCUGGCCGAUAGCAUUCCCCAAAGAAUAAAGGAGACGAAGGAAUGGGGGAAGUUUCUGUAAUUCUGUAAUCGUAGUUUUGCUCUUUUCCAUGAGUGAAAGCUUCUUACAUAAAACAUUAGUGUUCUCAAAAAAUGUGAUGUUAACAGAGGGUUACUGGUUUUGAUGAAUUGAAUGUUCUCAUCUCGCUUUAUGCAGGUUAAGAGAAUAAGGAAAUGUAAAUUUCUUUCUUGGUGGUAAGCUGAGGGAUGAAUGAAUGAAAGCAGAACGUCAUUGAGGGAUUUUGUAUCGAAUGGCCAAUGCUGAUGUGUUUCUGCCUCUGUGACAAUUGAAGUACCCAACCAAAGUGAGCAAUUAAACUCUAAAUUCUCAGAGUUUCACAGAAAUUCCAGAUCACAUUUGUGGAAGAGGUGGUGUCAAUUAAGUAUUGGCACUAUAUUGUGAAGUUGCUAAAGAAUGAAUGUGGAGAUGGCAUGGAGAAUUAGUUUAGAGAGACUGAUUUAAAAUAUGUAUAUUAUAUGCACCUUUUUAAUUUCUUUUCAGUUGUGUCCAACACCCUUUAGUUAGAGCAAUGAGAGAGAUGGGACUCUAUCUUAACAGAAAGUUACUCAGUUGAUGCAAGCCAAUUUAAACUAACUAAAAUAGAUUUUUAUCUGUAUACAGUUAGACUAUAUUAAAAGUUCUCUAUACUUUAACAGUGUAAAUAAUCCUGCCUUUACAAAAAAACAUUUAUACCAACCAUUCUGUUUCAUUUAUAGAAAAUGAAAGUGUCUAUUUAGGUCUCUUUAUUCUUUAAAAGCUGAGAAAUUCCUUGCCUUUGUCUGUCUCACAUUUGCAUAGUAUGUCAAUUUGUACAUUUUUAUAUUUCUUAUUUGCAAAGGGAGGUAUCGUUUAGUCUGUUUACUAGUACUACGUGCACCUGAAUGUUCUUCAUCCCAUAGUUCUGAACACCAGCAGAAUGGUCGUAGAGAAAUGGUAAAGGCCAUGAGAUGCAAGUGUUUCUGUGAAAGAAAUAAAAUAUGGCAUUAAUCAUAAACAAUCACUUGUUUUCUGUGAAAUACCUGCAUGUUAUUUCUGAUCUACUUUAUCAGAGCUUACAGCAGUGACUACAGUAGGAUGAUACACUCCAUUGACGUAAUAAAGGUAAUCACAUCUAAUUGCCUUUAACCUUGCUGAGAAGGCCAAGUUCUUGCCUGGCAAAAUAUAGAACAAUCCACAUUCUUCUCCAGCACAAAAAUGUCCACAUUGCUGCAAUGAUCUUAGUAAUUUACUGUGAUGCUGUUAAUCAUUAAUCUACUGUAUAACUAUAUAAAACCUGUGAAAUUGCUAUGAAUGGCAAGAGUAUGAAAUAGUGAGUUUUUAAUAUGGAUUACCAAUUAAAUAAUUCAUUUAUUUUGUUAAUUGCACUUUAGCACAUAAACUGCAUUUCAGCACAUCUCCAAAUGUCAGUACAUGUGGGCUGUCGGCCAGUGAUGCAAAUAAGCCCCAGACAUGUAGACAUGUGAUCUCUUACGCAAUUAAGUCUGCCUUUGAAUGAAACACCCUUAGUCCUCAGACAGAGCGAUCACUGAUGUUGAUGGAUGUGGAGCAACUGAAUCAGGGGAGGUUAAUAGAUUUUAACAGAAGGACAUUUAUUCUGUUAGUAGCAAGGGAGAUUUAAUAUUGCUUAAACACAAUUGUAUUGGCUAUACUUGACAAGACCCUAUACUAACAGGACAAACCCCCAGCAAACAUAAAUGGAAAUUCUCACAAGGUUGUUCCCCUACACAAAAACUGUGGCAGGACUGAAGACAGCUUUAACCCAAGUCCUGCGGUUUAGGGAUCCGACGGCGGAUGCCAGCAGAAGGGCCACUCAUCUUCCUUCCAUUAAUAUCUAUCGGAAAAGCCAAACAUUCUGCGUGCCGCUCCGCCCCCCCUUCACCUGGAGCAUGCUGAUGCAGAGGCGCAGCUCACGUGGGCUUGUUGCAGCGCAUUUGGCGGGAAUUGUUUGUCAUUUAAUGUCAGUCACGGUCGCUGAUGAACGGAGUCUUAUUAGUAAAUCACUCAGUAAAUGUAAAUGUGAUGUAAGGACAGAGUUCUUCGUCUAAGAUUAUAGCCUACACGUAACCUUAUCAUGUUACUGAAAACGGAGAUUUAGACAAAAUGUUCUUUCUUUCUUUCUUUCUUUUUUUUAAAAUGGUUUUCUAAUUGCAGUAUUGAGAAUUGAAUUGCUUGAGAUACAACUUGGUGUCAGUAAUGAGUCGGUUAUAAUAGAAAGCAAUGUACAGGGAUGAAUGGAAUACAUGUUUUUGAUGGAAUAAAAUAACUGCUUUGUUCUUA